AUGCUUCAAUGUAAAAUAAAGGUUUCCGGGAAAUUCUUGAAGGCAAGUGGGAUCACUUGCCCGAGGUCGCCUUCUACAUGGUGGGGCCCAUCGACGAAGUUGCGGCCAAGGCGGAGACUCUGGCGAAGGACCUCCCCUAGGACUUCCCCAGGACCUACUCCAGGGGAGUAUCGAGGACUCUUCACGUUCUCAGAAAAAGCCUCGAGUCCUAGAAGACGACCCCCGCCGGCCCUAAUUUCGACCAGGACCACGUCUUCAAGGGUCACCGAGGAAAAUGUGCCGUUGAUGAGCUGCAAGCAGGGUCUUCAAGGAUCUCAAGCUUAGGUAAUAGUUUCGCGUGUAAUCGAGGACGGUUGAGGCACACGAGCCUGAUCUGAUUUGAUCAGGAAAGGUGCGACGGACUCAUCGAAAGUUGUUGCUGUGGCAAUAAUUAGUCGCUGUAGCUUUCCGCUUCACGACACGAUCUGAUCCUUCUAGUCUUGGUUCAGAACUAAUGACAACUAAGAUUUUUAAACUCGUAUACUUCCGCAAACGUGGACAUCGCUGGGUAUGAGGUUGCAUUGAACAAAGGGAAACACAAAGACUUGAAUAAAUACUCAAAAGUAGGAAGCGCAUAAGUUUCCUUACGACC